AUGGCUAAAGAGCUGAAAAUUUCGCAAAAUUCAAUGCAACGACUGUUGAAAAAUGAGCUAAAGGUCAAGCCUAACAAGUUCCAAAAAGGACACAAUCUUACACCGCAGCAAAAAAAAGUUAGACUCGAAAGAGCGAAGGAGUUGUUACACUUGCACGAACGUGGCGAAUUUCCGAACAUUGUGUUUUCUGAUGAGAAGAAUUUCCCUAUUGAGCAAUUCAUAAACUCUCAAAAUGACCGUGUUUACUUGACCGAACGCACGUACGAGAAUUUAAGCCUACGAAUGGCCACCCGAAGUAAUUUCCCAUCGCAAGUGAUGGUAUGGGCUGCCGUGACCGCUGAUGGGCGCUCUCCAGUCUUUUCAUCGAGCCUGGUGGUAAAGGCGACUUAUUAUCGUGAAAAUAUUUUGGAAGGUGCUCGUAGAGUCAUGGGCACGUAA